AUGUUGCUACCGGUGCUGUCCGCUCACGCUGGUCUGAGAGUGGGACACGUCCUCCUUCCUCCUGCGGGAGCCUGUGUGGAGCCUGAAGGCCCAGCAGGGGGCGCUGCCCACCAGCACGGCAUUACUGUCCAGCGGCAGCGCAUCAAGUCGGAACAGAGCGGCAGCACUGGACCGCCAGGUACCGGGUCCCGUACUCAACUCAGGAACUGGUGUCAGUACACUGUUUCCAGAACAGUGUCCUGCCAGGUGCACAAUGGGACAGAAACCACAGUGCAGAGAGUGUUUCAGGGCUGCCGAUGGCCCGGACCCUGCUCCAAAGUCAUAAGCUACAGGACCGUGAUCAGGCCGUCCUUCAAGGUUGCCUAUAAGCAGGUCACUGCGCUGGAGUGGAGAUGCUGUCCAGGGUUUGUAGGAGAAGAGUGUCGUGAAGAGUGUCUGAACUGCACCAGUUUCACUGACAUGAACAGCAGAAUAAAUGCCAUCGAAUCAAAGAUCAAGAUGUUAGAAGAGGGACGUUCAUCCUUGCCGACAGUCAGCAGUUUACCAGAGGGCUCAACGUAUAACGAGGUGGACGCACCCCAACCCACUCCUAUAGGACUGCCGCCGUACCUGCCGCCAGCACCAGGAGGCAGAGGGCCUCCAGGGCCCAUCGGACCACCGGGGCUUCCAGGUUCUGCUGGACCUCCGGGCCCAGCUGGAAGAGCAGGCCUCCCUGGACCCAUCGGAGCGAAGGGGGACAGAGGCCUGCCUGGAGAAAUAGGUCUACCCGGCCCUCCUGGUGUGCCGGGUCCUCCAGGGCCGAGCUUUUCUCCUAUCCGAGAGCGAGGAGAUGUUUUUCGUGUGGACAAUCAAGAGGAGAUCUCCGCCCAUGAAGCUACUCAAAUUGUAGUCGGGCCCCGUGGUCCAACUGGUCCCGUCGGCCCCUCAGGCCCUCCAGGACCGAGAGGACCAGCAGGGAUACCAGGCCUGCCAGGACAAGAUGGGAAAGAAGGCCUCCUUGGAAAGCCAGGGGAUGCUGGACCUAAAGGGGAUCCAGGGGAAAGGGGGCCUCCAGGUGUAAUAGGCGAGCAUGGUCUACCUGGAGCACCAGGGCUGAAAGGAGAGCCGGGAGAAGGCUUGAAUGAGGGCGAGGCCGUGCAGCAGCUCAGGGAGGCCCUGAAGAUCCUGGCCGAGAGGGUCCUGAUCCUGGAGCACAUGAUCGGCAUUCAUGACAACUCUGAGGGAUCUGGAUUUGGCAGCGUUUCGGACCCCCUGUCUUUCCCUGCCAUAAAGAUCAAGCGCCUUCAGCCUGUUCAAAGCCUUCCUCAAAGUCCAGUACUGGAGGAGAGACACAGACGAGCUCCUCUUUAAGAGUAUACUCUAAUAUUCUGUAUGUAUGUGUAUAAUGGUGACGGAUGAGGUUGAUUUUUUUGUUUGUUUAUAUCACGUUUCUUAUACCUGUUUUAUUACACUUUAUUUGCUUAUUAUUGUCACAUUAUUAUUGUCUGUUGCUGUACAAACAAAGCUCUUUGCAGACAUGAGAUGUUGAGCAUUUCAUCCGCAUUAAAGGCUUUUUUUUUAGCCUUCCUGACCCUGCUGCUGCAUGAUCCUACAUAACCCGCAGCAGCAAUUGAACAACGUUGUACAAUGAAAUAUUAUCUCAUAAAGUGUUAUGAAGGUUUUGGCAUCUUCCUUUCCUCAGAUAAAACACUGCCUAGUAAACACAUCAGUUUCCUUGGCUGAUGUUGCAAAGCUCCUCAGGCUGCGAUGUGAGUUCCCGAGAGCUGGACCCAAAAUAUACUAUUUAGUGUCAAACACAUUUUUGGAACAACCUCGGGGUUAGUCUCGUGUUAGCCUGUCAAACAUAUUUCUUCCUUUCUCUUCUUUCUGUCUCUCUCUGGUUGCCUUGUUAAAGCUGAGGUAAGACAUGACAAGCUGCCAAGAAUAUCUGCUUAAAAUAAAGUUAGAUGAAAUGAAUAGCAUCUGGAGAGCGCACAUCUGGAAAGCUAAAGGAGGGAGAUACUGAAACAGUUGAGUUCUGUCCUGGAAACUGUAAACCUCGGCUCGGCUCCAGUGCACCUUCAUGUGACAAUAUUACUUUGACUGCCUCUGAGAUUUGUUUCCAAACUGAUAUGAUUAUUGUAUAAUGAGUCUCUGAGAGACCAAGCUUGUUGGCUAAAGCGUUGACCAUGUCUGGUACAAUCUUUGUUUUCUCCAUUACCUGGUUCAUAUGUAAAAGAAAUUGUUUGGCAUUUUGGGAUCUAAGCUCAUUUGCUCUCUUUCCAAGACUUAGAUUAAUAUCGCUCUCAUGUUUGUACGCUAAAUAUCAAACUGGGGUCUGCAGCUGGUUAGCUUAGCACCAAGACGGAAAACCAACAGUAAAAAUAUCAGAAUCCUUGAGCCAGCACUCGCAACAAUGCUGCGAUCAUAUCAUAUCAUUCAUACUAAAGUUUUAAGCAACCAAGUGUGAAAACUGUUCAUGUCAGCCUCUUAUUGAGGCCUAUAAUUUGAUUUAGAGAACCGAUCUGGUGAAAAGAAGUAAGAAAACAACUGGAAAAAGGCUCAUUGCUGAUAGUUAUAUCUAAAUAAAAUUCAAUAUAAACACUAGUUAUAUAGUUUGCUCCAGUGUGUGAGAUUUAGAGAGUAUUUAGAGAGAGUAAUUAAAAAGUCAUAUGCUUAACUACAAUUUUUAUCAACUGAAAAUAAGGUAAUUAUCUUAGAAUGAGACUUUUAUAUCUACAGACACGUUGCAGGUCCUCUUUCACGGAGUCUGCCAUGUUGAACUACUGUGUUUGAAGCCAGAAAGGACAAACAGGUGUGUUAACAUUGUAUUCAUGUGUGAACUGCUACAAAAGAAUCUCAUUUAUUAUUGUUACAAGGUUAUUAAAGGUCGUGAUCUGUUUUGGAUAUUGCAUGAAGACUCCCUAGUCGUAGUAAUUGGAAAUUUUCCUGUUUGUCCUGUUCUACCCGCAUAUCCGCAUAAGUCACUGCACCCAAAAAUUUGUCACGUAACACCUGUGUACAUUUAGUUCUUUGUACAGAUCAAACAAGAACAAAACAAGACUGAUGUUAGUUUUGGACAGAGUCGAGCUAGCUGUUUCUACCUGUUUCCAGUCUUUGUGCUAAGCUAAGGUAACUAGCUUUAUAUUUAACAUAAAAGUGGUAUCGAUCUUCUUGUCUUACUCUCUGCAAGAAAGCAAUCAAAUGUCUUUCCUGAAAUGUCAAACGAUUUCCUCGUUCUUAUUUGCAGAAGAGAUGAACCUGCCUGUUCAGUCUCUGAUCACUUAUCGUAUGUCACAGACGGCUUUUUAUUGAUGUAAUCUUUUAAAUGCAGCUGUGUUGUCGAGUCUUGUGCAUGUUUCAUUAUCUUUUAUACUAAACAAUGUUCAGGUGUGCUUUGUUGUUUUUCAUUUGCCAAACACUGUGCUCAGCAGAUAUUUAUCUGUGUUGAUUAUUGAAGCGAGAUUAAAGUCACAACAACAAAGGGA